AUGUGGUUUGUUUACCGACUGCUGUUCUUGCUGCAGCGGUGCAUGAUACAUUUUAGCUAUUUAACGCCGAAAAUUAUUUUGUCAGCUGGGCGCUCCGGUGGUCAUUGUCUCAAAUUGCUGGAUAUGCUUAAUGCGUGUCCGGUGAUCGAACGGACACGAUAA